GAUUUUGUUUUAUUGCAUAACUACCAUCCGUAUAAAAGAUCUUCUUCAAACAGAGUAAACAAAGAAUUUUGAAUGCCCAGCUCUUAACAAGGUAAUUUUACUUUUAAAGUCAUUUUGUUUAUGGUGUAAUAAAAAAGAUUUCUUUGUGUACCAACAAAAUUUCUUAUAAAUCGGAAGAGAAGGUAUAUAAAGCAUGUAACUAAUGGCCUUCACCGCAUUUGGACUCUGCAAAAAUAAUUUGUGUCUGGCACAGAAAUUAUAGAGUCUGUUUUUAAACUACAUGAAUUAUGCGUUUGUUGUCACUUGUAGUUGUGAUAUUCUUUAUUGCACUCCUGAUAACAGAAUCAGAUGCAUGGAGACGCAGAAGGCGUAGAAGAAGAGUUGCAUGCCAGAUGAACUUCUGGACACACUGGGGUUCAUGCAGUGUUUCGUGUGGGUCUGGUCGACAGAAAAGAAGUCGAUCAAUUAAAGUUUACCCAUUUGAAUCUUCACCGUGCCCAUCUGCGUUGGAAUACAGGACGUGCUCCAUAAGAAAAACCAACUGUGCGGUAUCGUCGUGGAGCAGUUGGGCAGCUUGUACAAAAUCUUGUGGAGCAGGAACUCAGACUAGAACUCGUUCAAUCACAGUCCGUCCGAAAAACUGUGGAGCAUCAUGUCCAAGUUUGGUUGAUCGGCGAGGUUGUACAGGUUAUCAGUGCCCAAGAAACUGCUUGGUUUCAUCAUGGGGAGCAUGGAGUAAGUGCAGUGUAACUUGUGGAUCAGGAACAGCUAGUAGAACACGCAAAAUAAUAACCACACCGGCUUAUGGGGGAAAACCAUGUGCUGGACUUUCUGACCAUAAACGAUGUACAAUUACUCAGCAAAAUUGUGUGGUGUCACCAUGGGGAAGUUGGUCUCCUUGUUCCGGUUCAUGUCCCAACGGUAGAAAAACAAGAUUACGCCGAGUUAUUUUAAAACCAACAGGUUGUGGUACAAGAUGUCCAGUUUUGUCACAAUCCAGCAGUUGCAUGCCACCCAAUUGUGUGAAGGACUGCGUGGUAACCUCUUGGUCGGGUUGGAGCUCUUGCAGUGUGAGCUGUGGAUCAGGGACAAUUUCCAGAAAUCGUAAAGUGGUUGUUGCACCAGCUUAUGGUGGAAAACAAUGUCCUGGUUUAAAAGAACACAAAUCCUGUGUCAAUGCACCAAAUAAUUGCCAGGUUUCUCAAUGGACAGCAUGGGGAACAUGCACUGGAACUUGUCCCAAUGGUUCACAAUCGCGCACACGCCAAAUUAUUGUUCAUCCAACCAACUGUGGAUCAUCUUGUCCCAUCACUGCUCAAGCACAUCAUUGCAUUCCUCUUAUCUGUGUUACAGAUUGUGAGGUAUCUUCAUGGUCAGCUUGGACUUCAUGCAGUGCCUCGUGUGGCACCGGACGAACUUCUCGGUCAAGAACAAUUACCCAGCCAUCAGAGCAUGGUGGAAAAUCAUGUCCUGGACUCCAUGAACACAAGGCUUGUGUAACAUCACCUAUACAUUGCACAGUUUCAUCUUGGACAUCAUGGGGCAGUUGCAGCACAACAUGCGGUCCAGGAAGUCAAAGUCGAACACGAACCAUAGUGCGAAGUCCACAAGCCUGUGGAAACCAUUGCCCUUCUCUGGUUGAUUCUAAAUCUUGUGCAAACAAGGAAUGUGAACCUAUUUGCAUGCUGUCUCCAUGGGGCUCAUGGUCCACUUGUAGUUGUGCUGGAACAAAAACGAAAAGUCGAACUAUUGUUGAGAAACAAGAGGGAGCUGAGUGUUUGUCCCUGACAGAGGAAGCUGGUUGUAAUGAUAAGAAUUGCAAAGUUGAUUGUCAGAUGAGUAGUUGGGAAACUUGGUCAAAAUGUUCAACUUUCUGUGGAUCUGGAAAACAAUCUCGAAUUCGAAGUGUAGAUACCGCUCCCUCCGGUGGUGGUAAAGCAUGUCCGGCUGCAAAGGAAACACGAGAUUGCAUGCCUCCUUGUGCGACGGAUUGUGAGUGGAACUUUUGGAGCAAGUACGGAAAAUGUGGUUGUAAGAGCAAAGAACAGCUGCGUCACCGAACCGUCAAACAACCUUCGCUCUUCGGUGGAAAAUCAUGUGAUGGAGCCGAAGAAGAUUCCAUUCCAUGUAAAGAGCCAUCUAAGCAGUGCAAAAAUAAGAAAAAGAAAUGUGGAAAGAAAAAGUUUGCAUGCAAAGCAGGCACCUCUUGCAUAAAAAAUGCAUUAGUGUGCAAUGGAGACGCAGAUUGUGUAGAUUCUUCCGAUGAAUUAAAAUGCAAGAAAGUUAAACUCACAUGCGGCAAAGAAACUUAUCCUCUUAUACCAAAUAUCCAAAUCGUUGGGGGAGCGUUUGAUAUUACAACUCUUGCACGAUCUUCUGAGGUGUUGGACAACAGUCUCUUCAAUGGAGUUUGCAAUAACGUUUACUCUCCUGAUCACAAGAAACAUUUCCGAAAACCAUACAAUGUUGCAAGCUUCUCUUACCAGACAAAAGCAACUGGAUCAUUUGUAGCAAAAUCCUUUGACAGCGAAAAGUCAGUGAUUGAAGCAAUACAGGAAUCUUUCAGGAGCAUGCAGGAAUAUGCAGACAGCUCGGCAGAGUUGACGCAGAUGAGUCAGUUGGUUGGACAUGCAGCAGGAGGGGAUAAUGCAAAGCUGGAAAAGAUGAUCAAAGAUGGAUAUUCAGAUGAUUAUAAAUAUUUCUCUGUUAAAACUGUCAUCACAGUUGCCAUGUUCCAGAUGCGUGAUGAUAAUCUUUUGUUAAAUGAAGAUUUUGAGGAAGAUUUGAAUGAGUUGCAUUCAUGGUAUGACAAAGUUGAAUAUUUGAGACUUCUGGAGAAGUAUGGCACUCAUUACUACACUGAGGGAACGCUUGGUGGACAAUAUAAGUUUAUAUACAAGUUUAGAAAAGCUGACCUUGUAAAAGCAGACUUGACUGACACAGAGCAAAGGCAGUGUUUGGAAGAUGAUGCAAAAAUAAAACUUCUCGGUGCAGAUGUGGACAUUAACGACAGAUGCAACUUUAACUCCAAGUCAUUCACCAACAACGCUGUGCAGUCGGUUUCUUUCGUUGAUGGUGGUGAAGCAAAUGCUGUUUCGAGCUUGAGUGUGAACAGUGAUGAGAAGUCGUUAACUGAAUGGACCAACAGUGUCAUCAUGCACCCAGCUAUUGUGGAAUAUAAGAUUGCUCCUCUCUCUCAACUCAUCGACUCUCGCAUCAUCCAAGGGAAAAAAAAGAAGGCCAACAUGGAAACUGCUCUUCUGCACUUCAUGAAGAAGUUUGAACCAAUCCGAUGCAACUCAUUCAAUGCAGGGGUGAAGCGAUGUAGGAAUGGUGCAAAGCAGAAAGUUGUCAAGGAUGGAAGAGAAUGUGUUUGCUUGUGUCCUGCAGGUUUAUAUGGGGCUGGUUGUGAGGUGCCGGCAUAAUUUAAAACAACUUCUGGUACUGAAUGUAACCAUAUUUAACUUAACACUUAAAAUUCGCAUUUAGGUUAUAUUCUUCACUUUCAAUCGUUUGUAAAUUUCUUCUAAUAGAUUAAUUUCAUACGUAUCCACAUUUGCACAGAUGCCGAAAUAAGAUUAGAAUAAAAGAUUUCAAGUUUCUUUGUGUUGUUGUAUCUUUGCUUGUAUUGGUUAACAUUAGUCUGUAUAUUCAAAUGAAUUUACCAACAUCUCUAUCACAUGACUGAACAAGUUUGGGUUAAGGAAUCC